AUGGAGUCACUUCUAAAAAGACCGCGGCCCAGCGCCUGGGAGAAAUUCUUCCGCUCGCCUCUCCUGUACCUCGCCAAGAAGCUAUACAGCUUCCAUAACGUCGUGCCACGUCGCCCCAUAUCGGAUCCUGUCACCGUCGUCUGCGUCUCAGACACACACAACAGCCAGGCCGAACUCCCCGACGGCGACGUGCUCAUCCACGCGGGCGACCUCACGAAGAAUGGGACGCUCGAGGAGCUCCAGGCGGCGCUGGACUGGCUCAAGGCGCAGCCACACGCGCACAAGAUCGUCGUCGCCGGCAACCACGACACCAUCCUCGACCCGGCGCGAGACCCAGGAGACGAGAGGGUCCGGCUCGACUGGGGGGAUAUCACUUACCUGUGCAACGAGUCUGCGACCGUCCAGUGUUCCAACGGGCGCAAAUUGCUCGUCUUCGGCAGCCCCCUCUCACCCCGGUAUGGCAACUGGGCGUUCCAGUACCCCAGGCCGGAGGACGUGUGGGCGGGCGCGUUGCCAGACGGCGUGGAUAUUCUCGUCACCCACUGCCCGCCUCGGGCCCAUCUCGACCUGUUGAGCCUGGGGUGUUCGCAUCUCCUCCGGGAGAUUUGGCGGGCGCGGCCGCGGCUGCAUGUUUUCGGGCACGUGCAUGAAGGCCGUGGGCAGGAAUGGGUCGGGUUUGAUGAAACGCAGGACGCCUUUGAGAGGUUGGUGAUGAGUGGAGGCUUUGGGAGGAUUGUGAGCUUUGGCAGACUGGUCUUUGAGGUUAUUCGAGGAAGGUUCCACUCGGCAAAGGAGGCGUCAUGCCUGUUUGUCAACGCCGCCAUGGUACGCGGGCUCUGGGAAAAGGAAAGGAUGAAACCCAUUAUGGUUGUGCUGUGA